AUGGCUAAAAAAAUCCUUGGUAACCUGACAGUACAGUAUUGGUCUGGAUUAGACACUAACACACAGGUCUCUGGGGCAGAACAAAAUGAUGAUGAUACUGAACUCAGGUUCAUUGAACCAAUGGUGCUUUACGCAGGACGGAAAGGUAUUCUAGAGCGUUUGGAUGCUGGAGAAAUUGUGAUUGGAGAUGGAGGAUUUGUCUUUGCUCUUGAAAAGAGGGGAUAUGUAAAAGCUGGGCCUUGGACUCCUGAAGCAACUGUAGAACACCCUGAAGCAGUUCGCCAGCUUCACCGGGAAUUCCUCAGAGCUGGAUCCAAUGUUCUGCAGACAUUCACCUUCUAUGCCAGUGAGGACAAACUAGAGAACAGGGGCAAUUAUGUAGCUGAGAAAAUAAGCUGCCAGAAAGUGAAUGAAGCUGCUUGUGACAUUGCAAGAGAAGUGGCUAACGAGGGUGAUGCUUUAGUGGCUGGAGGAGUCAGUCAAACUCCAUCAUACUUGAGCUGCAAGGAUAAAACAGAGGUUAAAGCAGCCUUCAGAAAGCAACUAGAAGUCUUUAUGAAGAAGAAUGUGGACUUCCUCAUCGCAGAGUACUUUGAACAUGUCGAAGAGGCUGUCUGGGCAGUGGAAGUUCUAAAAGAAUCUGGAAAGCCAGUUGCAGCUACAAUGUGCAUUGGUCCAGAAGGAGACAUGCAUGGAGUGCCCCCUGGACAAUGUGCUGUCCAGCUGGUAAAGGCUGGUGCUUCUAUCAUUGGAGUCAACUGCCAUUUUGAUCCAGAAAUUUCCCUGGAAACUGUGAGACUGAUGAAAGAGGGCUUGCAGGCUGCUAAACUCAAAGCCCACCUGAUGUCCCAGCCACUUGCUUUCCACACGCCUGAUUGUGGAAAACAGGGUUUUAUUGACCUUCCAGAAUUUCCUUUUGGUCUGGAGCCAAGAAUUGUAACCAGGUGGGACAUUCAGAAAUAUGCAAGAAAGGCCUAUGACUUAGGAGUUCGUUUCAUCGGAGGUUGCUGUGGGUUUGAGCCAUACCACAUUCGAGCAAUCGCUGAGGAGCUGGCUCCUGAAAGGGGAUUUUUGCCAGAAGCUUCUGAGAAACAUGGUAGCUGGGGAGAUAAUCUGAGCAUGCAUACCAAACCCUGGGUCAGAGCAAGGGCAAGAAAAGAAUACUGGGAGAACCUGAAGCCUGCUUCAGGCAGGCCAUACAGUCCUUCCAUGUCUAAGCCAGAUGGCUGGGGAGUGACCAAAGGAGCCAAGGAGCUGAUGCAGCAGAAAGAGGCAACAACUGAACAACAGCUGAAGGAGCUCUUCCAGAAACAGAAGUGAUUUAUCUAC